UCGAAGUCAUCUUUCUGUGAUGGAGGCGGUGCCGAAGGGAAUCAAGCCACUACUUCUUGAAGAGACUUGGAGAUGGUAUGGUCCAAAGGAUCCAGUCACGCUGGAGGAUGUCAAACAGGCAGGGGCCACUGGGAUUGUGACUGCACUCCACGAGGUCCCGAUUGGAGAAGUUUGGUCUGAGGAUGCAAUUCUGGAGCGAAAGAAACUUCUGGAGUCGAAUGGCUUUACCUGGUCUGUUGUGGAGUCUGUGCCAGUGCAUGAGAGCAUCAAGCUGGGUAAAGAAGAACGAGAGAAGUACAUUCAGGCAUACAAGCAGACAGUACGAAACCUGGGCAAAUGUGGAGUCCGACGGAUUUGCUACAACUUCAUGCCUGUCUUAGAUUGGACUCGCACUGACCUCACUAGACGCUGGCCUGAUGGUUCCGAAGCGUUAGCUUAUGAUGCAGAUGACUUGGCUGCUUUUGACCUCUUUAUCUUGAAGCGGGAAGGGGCGGAGAAAGAGUACGAAGCCUCAGCCCUGGCACGAGCACAGGCAAUCUUUGAAAAGAUGACAGAGAAAGACAAGAAUGUAUUGCAGCAGAAUAUCAUUGCAGGCCUGCCGGGUCGCAUGGUUGAAGCAUACACAGUCGAAGAGUUUCGAGAUGCUGUCGCUCAAUACAAGAAUGUGUCGACAACACAGAUUCGGGAAAAUUUGGCCUACUUCUUGAAGAGCAUCAUUCCAACCUGCGAGGAAGCAGGUGUCUACAUGGCAAUCCAUCCAGAUGAUCCCCCUCGCCCAAUUCUUGGACUUCUCCCGGCUUGCUCAACUCGUGACGAUGUAGCGGCUUUGCUGAAGGCAGCAGAUUCAAAGCACAAUGGCAUCACGCUCUGUGUUGGCACAUAUGCAUCUUCUCCACAGAAUAAGGUGGAGGAAAUGGCCAAAGAGUUUGCUUCACGAACACAUUUUGUGCAUUUGCGAAAUGUGACGAAAGAAAUGCCUCCAGCACCUGAAACUGGCUUGGGGCCUGCUGGAUGCACCUUCACUGAGUCAGACCACUUGGGUGGUGACGUCGACAUGUAUUCCAUCAUGCUGACCAUGUUGCAAGAGAAGCAGCGCCGAAAGGCAGAAGGUUGGGAGGAGAUGGCAGAGAUCCCCUUCCGACCGGACCAUGGACAUAAGAUGGUGGAUGACAUGAAGGGCAAAAAGACAAAUCCUGGCUACACUUGUAUUGGUCGCCUCCGGGGUCUUGCUGAACUCCGGGGUCUUCAGCUGGGCAUUGCCUCGGCAGGUAUGGUGAAGGAACCGGAUGCCAAGAAGCAGCGGACAGGCUAAGAUUGGGCAAAAUGCUGACAGCAAUCAAAACGGCUGAGGAGGCUGAGGAGCCUUUGAAGUCUUUGAGAUUGUCAAGAGUUUGUAUUUUGAGUCGCAUUUGUUUGAAGAAAUGCUGAACAUGCACGACUCGUCGAACCAUGAGACGUUUGCCAAGUAUCCACAAAGCUAGGGUCAGCCCUCCAAGCAGCCUGGUUUGUCAAAUGCAAAAGCAGAGAUUCAAGGCCAGGAAGCUCAGCAAUUCGUUUCAUCAAUUUGAGCAAAAAACCAAACUCGUUUUGCAUCAGAUCAAAAGGCAUCGCCUGGCAGACUUGGUUUCGAGCAGACUCCAAACAAGUACAUCCCGGGAAAAAA